CAACGCCCAGUACAACCGCAACAAACUAUGUCUGAAGACAACGAGAACAGGGCGCCCAGACCCACCGUUCGUUCGACAUCAGAUCGACCCAGGAUUGGGCGAAUCGGUGACUGGAAUAACAACAGCUCAGCUUCAUCCAGCCGCAGUGGAAGCAGAGGCGGAAUUGCCACACUCGGUAGUUUGGGUGGCGGCAGCAGCAGUUCCCGCCGCAGGGACGACGAUUCCGAUGAUGAUGAAGGCGGAGCUGACAUGUUUGCCGGUGGCGAGAAGAGUGGCUUGAGUAUCCAGAAUCCAGGUUCAGGAGGAGGUGGUCCUGGAGGGUUGGUCCAGGGUCUGUUACGGAGAGCCGCAGAAACCGGACAGGCACGACAGAACGCAUCCCCAUCCCAAUUCGUCGGUGGAGGUUACCGAUUGGGCGGCGAGGACGUCGAAACCGAAUACAUCCCCGAUCCAAAUGCUGAAGACGAACGCAACCUCGUCACGCGCCAUGUCACCUUCUGGCGGAACGGUUUCCAACUCGACACGGACGGUGAACUGAGGGCAUACGACGAUCCCCAAAACGUGCCCAUCCUGAACAUGCUAAUGCAAGGAAUCGCGCCAGUCGAACACCUCGACGUCGAAGAUGGCCAGGCGGUCGACCUCCAGAUCACCAAGAAGAUAACCGAAGACUACGUCGGUCCUGCCGGUCCCCGCGCUUUCGUGGGGUCCGGCCACCGUCUGGGUGCCCCCGUCCCCGAGGUCGUUUCCUCUUCUCAGCAUGUCCCAGGAGAAUUCCCCAGUGCCGCUUCCUCCGCAGCAGCGGAGCCAGAAAGCAUCACCACUCGAUUUGAAGUGGACCAUUCACAGCCCACUACAAGUGUACAGAUUAGGUUGUCGGACGGAACCAGGUUGGUCAGCCGAAUGAAUUUGACCCAUACAGUGGGCGACAUCCGCAAUUUCAUCAACGCUUCCCGCCCUGAAAACCGAACCAGACCCUACGUCAUCGCCACGACCUUCCCCAACCGCACCCUCGACGACGAUGCUCAAACCAUUGAAGCUGCAAAGUUGCAGAACAGCGUGGUCGUCCAGCGAUGGGUUUGA